UCAACAUCUUCCACUUCUUCACUUUCUUAUCUGACAAACAUGGCGAAGACUUUCUUUCUAGUGGCCUCUUUGCUAUUUUUGGGAAAUGUUUUCUAUAGCCAUGCUGCAUUUCCCCCUAGUGUCAUCGUCGAUAUGGCAAAACUAGUUAUGGACAAUUACUGCACACCAGAGAAGUUGGACGGCAUGGCCCAGGCAAUCGAAGCAAGUGGUGGCAACACAGAGGUUCUCAACAUUCCAGAUGGGGAAUCCUUGGCUAGGGUUCUUAGCGCUGGAUUUCAGCUCACAAUCCAUGACCCCCGCUUGGUGAUCUCCUAUGAGCCAAAGUAUGUCCCAGCUGUGGCACCCCAUAUGCCUCCUUUGCCCCCUGAGCAGCUCAUCGCUGUGCUCCAGACCUCGAUCAAGCUUGACAUCUUGGAGGGGAAUAUUGGCUACCUCAGGAUCGACAACAUCCUUGGAGAGGAGGUUGCAGAAAAAGUUGGCCAGCUGCUCCUUGACCUAGUAUGGAAUAAAAUCCUGCCAACCUCAGCUCUCAUCUUUGACUUGCGCUACACCGGCAGCGGUGACAUCACCGGAAUCCCCUACAUUGUGUCUUACUUUACGGAAGCUGAGCCUCAAAUCCAUAUUGACAGUGUGUAUGACCGUCCCUCUGACACCACCACCAAGCUGCUCACUAUGACCACACUGCUGGGACAGAGAUAUGGCGUCAACAAGCCCCUAAUUGUUCUCACCAGCAAAAACACCAAGGGUAUUGCUGAGGAUGUUGCUUACUGCCUCCAGAAUCUGAAGAGGGCCACGAUUGUGGGCGAGAAGACCGCCGGGGGCUCUGUAAAAGUUGAAAAAUUCAGAGUGGGCGACUCUGACUUCUAUGUGACCAUUCCAACUGCAAAGUCCAUCAACCCUGUCACCGGCUCCACCUGGGAGAUCGUCGGUGUGACCCCUGAUGUGGUGGUCGAAGCUGAGGACGCGCUUGCAACUGCCAUCAAGAUCCUCAACCUCCGUGCCAAAGUUCCAGCAAUCAUCGAAGGAUCGGCAGCCCUGAUCGCUGAUAACUACGCCUUUGAAGCUGUUGGGGCUAAGGUGGCAGAACAAUUGAGAGGACUUCUUGCAGGUGGCGAGUACGGAAUGGUGGUUUCUAAGACCAGUUUGGAGGCCAAACUGUCUGCUGACCUGAAGACCCUGUCUGGUGACAAGAGCCUGAAGACUACAAGCAACCCACCUGUCCUGCCCCCAAUGGAAUAUUCUCCAGAGAUGUAUAUCGAGCUGGUCAAAGUCUCCUUCCAAACGGACAUAUUUGAAAAUAACAUCGGCUAUCUGCGUUUCGACAUGUUCGGAGACUUUGAGGAGGUCAAGGCCAUUGCCCAGAUUAUUGUUGAGCACGUCUGGAACAAAGUCGUCAACACUGAUGCUAUGAUCAUUGACCUCAGAAACAACGUUGGAGGCCCAACUACGGCCAUCUCAGGCUUCUGCUCUUACUUCUUUGAUGCUGACAAGCAGAUUAUGUUGGACAAGCUGUACAACAGACAAACCGGCACAACGACAGAGCUCCUGACCCUGCCUGAGCUCACUGGCGCAAGGUACGGCUCAAAGAAGAGCCUGCUCAUCCUGACUAGCAGCGUGACUUCUGGAGCUGCAGAAGAGUUCGUUUACAUCAUGAAGAAGCUUGGCCGUGCAAUGAUUGUCGGAGAGACCACUGCCGGGGACUCCCACCCACCCAAGGUCUUCAGCGUUGGCGAUACCGGCGUCUUCCUCAGCAUCCCCACCAUCCACUCUGACAUUUCCACUGGGCCAGCCUGGGAGGGAACUGGAAUCACUCCUCACAUACCCGUGGCAGCUGAUGCUGCUCUCGGCACAGCCAAGGGCAUUUUAAACAAGCACUUUGCAGGCCAGAAGUAAAACCAUACCUGAACACAGUCAAGGGUUUUCAAACUGUCACUUUUGCUUUGGCAGCCAAAUGGUUAUAAGAUUUAGAGUCUAGAAGAGUUUACGAAGAGAGGAAUGUAGAUUAAGAAGUACAAAGUUUAAUCUGCUAUUCAUCAUCUCAAAACCCAGGCCUUUUAAGCCUGCUUAUAAUGUAGAGCAAAGGUGAGACAGAAGGAUUUACUUUCAGUUUGUGAUUGCUGUUGAAUUCAAAACAAAUGUCAAAGGUUUUGAAUGUUAAUAGCACUAAGUGGCUGUCUUUUUAAGGAAGUUUGUUGCAAAGAUCAGUAACAACAAAAAUGUGAUUUUUGAUAAGUCAAAAAUAUAUUUGACAUUUUGAUUAAGACCUUUUUGAUUUAAUCCACUUUUUGGCACAUGUCAGAGAACCAAAACAUGAUGAUGUCAUGUG